AUGCAAUUACAAGUCAUCUCCUUUGUUUUGAUCAUCUUGCACUGCAUGGAUUUCACUGGUUGUCAGCCGCACAGCAGCUCCAGGCACCCGCAGCAUAAAUCGAUCUCUGGAGUGAGCUCAGGGUGCCAGCAGGGUGGCUGCCUGACCUGCUCUGACUAUAACGGUUGUCUAUCCUGCAAGCCACGCUUCUUCAUGCAUUUGAAGAGGAUCGGGAUGAAGCAGAUCGGAGUGUGCAUGACAUCCUGUCCACCGGGCUUCUAUGGUACUCGCUCCCCUGAGAGAAACACCUGUACAAAGUGCAGGUCGGAGUGUGACUCCUGCUUCGACAAGAACUUCUGCACACGCUGCCGAGCGGGAUUUUACCUUCAUCUGGGCAAGUGCCAGGAGAGCUGCCCUGACAGCAUGGUUCACAACGACACACAGAGGGAGUGUGUUCUCAGUUGCCCUGCAGAGUGUGAGCUGUGUGUGAACAGCGAGACAUGUAUGCGGUGCAGGCAAGGCUUUUACCAAUUGAAUGGAAAAUGCUACCACAUCUGUCCAGAAGACUAUGAGCCUAACGACAGACUUAUGGAGUGUACACCACAAGUGCACUGCCAGGUGGGUGAGUGGAGCGAAUGGAGCCCCUGCAUUAGAUCCAGCAAAACCUGCAAUCGACGGGGCCAGGAGGCCCGCAUGAGACAGAUCCUUCAGACACCAUCACAGUUUGGCAGACCCUGCCCUUUGACCACAGAGGUCAAAGACUGUCUGGUUAAAAGGAAGAGAUGUUCAGGAGGGAGGAGAAAUCCAGAGCGAAAAGAGCGACGGAAUCGCAAAAAUCGCAAAGACAAGGAAAGCGAUGAGGGGAGAAGAGAGAAGAAAAGAGGACGGGAGCGGGACAGAGGCACAGGCGAACGGGAAAACUCUGAGAACAGGAACAAAACGGAGCACAGACACCGCAGAGGCCACAACACAGAGACUGCCUCCCCCGAGCACAGCCUUGUGCAGUAG